CCUAGUCUGUCAAAUUGUUCGGUUGAGACAGGAGGAUCCUUUUUUUUUUAUUCCUCAAAGCCCGGCUAAAGCGUAUCAAUUUGGAGGAGCCGAACGGAGCCAGAGAAGGAUUUGAAGGACUGAAGUUUUUCAACAUCUAAGACUGCUCGACGGUUUGCAAACGAGCGUUAUCUGUCAUCUCAUUUGUAAAACAUUGUAAUUAAUAAAGCGUAAAUAGCUAGAUUUAAAUAUAAUGGAUAAAACGGAGCUGAUUCAGAAGGCAAAGCUUGCUGAGCAGGCAGAGCGCUACGACGACAUGGCAGCUUCAAUGAAGGCGGUGACCGAGCAGGGCGCCGAGCUGUCCAACGAGGAGAGAAACCUUCUCUCGGUCGCUUAUAAAAACGUUGUAGGCGCCCGGAGAUCCGCCUGGAGGGUCAUUUCCAGCAUCGAACAGAAAACCGAAGGCAGUGAUAAGAAACUUCAGAUGGUGAAGGAAUACCGAGAGAAGGUGGAAGCCGAGUUGAGAGAGAUUUGCAAUGAUGUGCUGGGACUGCUGGACAAAUACUUAAUCGCCAACUCUACCAACCCAGAAAGUAAAGUCUUCUACUUAAAGAUGAAGGGGGACUACUACAGAUACCUUGCUGAGGUUGCAGAAGGAGAUGCUAAGAAACAGACGAUAGAGAGCUCUCAAGGAGCCUAUCAAGAGGCAUUUGAGAUCAGCAAGAAAGACAUGCAGCCCACGCAUCCCAUCCGCUUGGGUCUGGCCCUCAACUUCUCUGUAUUUUAUUAUGAGAUCCUGAAUUCUCCAGAGCAGGCCUGUACAUUGGCAAAAACUGCUUUUGAUGAAGCCAUUGCAGAGCUUGAUACACUGAAUGAAGACUCCUACAAAGACAGUACCCUCAUCAUGCAGUUGCUUAGAGACAAUCUUACAUUAUGGACGUCCGACAAUGCAGCAGAUGAAGGGGAUGCUGGUGAAGGUGGCGAGAACUAAACAGCACACGGGGUCACCUCCCAAAACAACAAACUUUUUUACACGUCUCCAUUCCUUAUUGCUCCACUCAAAAUUCUUAUAGCAAUGAAAUCCCAUAUUAUUGACUAGCUGCAGCUUGUGGGGGGGACCUCCAUUCUUUGGUUUGUGUUGAUUGUUUGUCCUGGCCUUCCUGGUGUGCGGUUACUGCUGUAGAACAGUAAUAGUAGCUUAACUUUUAUAUAAACAUUAAGUAACUUCCAAAAAAAAGUAAAGGACUAAAGUGUAUCUGAGAUUAAAAGUAUGGAAUCCAAACUAAGUGACUGGUUUGAAUUCUGGUCCUUUUUUAAUUAAGUUGUAGUCUUUCAUGGGGGGGGGGGGGGUACAAAUGAGACUCAAGGCAAGGUUGCCCCUUCAUAGCCUUUGCUGUACCCUUUGGACAUAUGUAAGGAGUUCUGAGGCAAACCAUCAAAAUGACCCUGUAUUAUGCUGGCUUGUUUACAGGGCAACCUGUUUUUGUUUUUUUUUUCUGUUUGCUGCUGCAGGGGCCAGUGUCUGCUUAAACUGGGGAGGCGACAAGCAUUUCACACCCAGGUGCUGUCAUUGGUUUCAAGCCUUCACAAACACUCCUGCCUAGUUCUGAUUCCCUUCAAUGUGUAACAUUGCAGCAUGUCUGAGUAAAAGGUGGCACUUAAGACAAAGUCAACAUGCAUGUCCUUCAAGUACACUGGAAUGGAAUCAAUACUAUACACCAAGUCCAAGUAACCAAUGUGGUACUUUUUCAAUGCAGGGUUGUGCACGUGUACAAGGGUGUUUGGUCUGUCCAGUGAUUUGAUAUUAGAGAUUUGGACCACUGUUGUGUGUUGCUAAUCAUUGAUUGUAGUCCUCAAAAGCCUUGUUGAAAUGUUUAAUGACCUAUGUAACAGCGAUGUAACAACAUGAAAUAAAAUGACGUUUUAUAAACCA